UGGGCGGGGGCUGCGGCUGGAACAGCUCUGCCUUAGCGAGGAUCGUUUUGUUACCUCGGCUGUGUACCCCUAUCACAUUUGUAUCCUUGGGGCUCUAGGCACCUGUGGGGGAGCCCGGGCUCCUGACGGCCGCAGGCCCGGUCUGCGCCGGGUGGGUGGGUGUGUCUGCCCAGUGGGGCACUGCCCUGGCAGCCCCGCUGGCCGUGAGCCCAGGCUCCCCCGCGUGCUCUGGAGCAGGGACUGGCUCUGGGGGCACCCAGCACGGAGGGGCCUGCUCGGGCCCGGGCGCUGCCACUCACCCACUGGUCGUUAUUUCAUCAGCAGGGACCUGCCCCAGGGUCCCUCUCUCGGCCGGCCCAGGCCUGCUGCCAGGACCCCGCGGGCGAGCCCCGGUCCGGGCACCAGGCCGGGCUGGGAGCCGCCUCUGGGGCCGGGCCGGAGCGCACCUACCCCCGGCACAGGGCGCUCCCCGGGGCCCCUCCCGGCGGGGCAGGGCCGGGCCAGGGCCGCCGAGUCCCGCCCUCCCGGGAUCGCCGGAGCCGCCUCACCUGCGGGGCGGGGCGCUGGGAGCGGCCGCACCUGCCCGGCCGGCACUCGGCGCUGCAGCGCGCACGGAGCGGAGAGAAGCGACCCUCGGCCCGCACCGACCCGCCCGCUCCUGUGCCAUGGGGCCGCCGCGGGGCCGCCUGCCCGGGCUCUGCCUGCUGCUGCUGCUGCAGUGAGCUUCGAGGGCUGCGCAGGAAGGAAGCGGACGGCGUACCUGUCGGAUGACACGCGCUUCAAAGUGCACACGGACGGCGUCGUCUCAGUCAAACGUCUCCUCCAGCUCCACGGGCACGAAACGAGCUUUUUCAUCCAUGCCUGGGACUCUGCCAGCAAGAAGCACUCUGCCAAGGUUACCGUGAAGAGAGAGGGGCACGGGCACCGCCACCACCGGCACACGGACUCCCCUGCCAAUGCUCAGGCAGACAUACUCAUCUUCCCAGAGUCCCGUCCCAGCCGGAAGAGGCAGAAGAGGGACUGGGUCAUCCCUCCAAUCAACUGCCCUGAGAAUGAGAGGGGGCCCUUCCCCAAGCCGCUGGUUCAGAUCAAAUCCAACAGGGACAAAGAGAUCGAGGUUUUCUACAGCAUCACGGGGCAGGGCGCAAACACCCCCCCUGUGGGCGUCUUCAUCAUCGAAAGGGAGACAGGGUGGCUGCAGGUGACGAAGCCGCUGGACAGAGAGGACAUCAGCCACUACACGCUCCUUUCCCACGCUGUGUCUGCGAAUGGGCAGUCCGUGGAGGACCCCAUGGAGAUCAUCAUCACCGUGAGCGACCAGAACGACAACAAACCCCAGUUCACCCAGAGCAUCUUCACAGGCUCCAUAGAAGAAGGAGCCAAGCCAGGUACCUCUGUGAUGCAAGUGACCGCUACAGAUGCAGACGACAGUGUAAACACCUACAAUGGGGUCAUUACUUACUCCAUCCUGCAGCAGAUACCUGAACAACCCCACCGCGGGAUGUUCGCCAUCAACUCAGAGACUGGCGUCAUCAGUGUGCUUGGAACUGGGCUGGACAGAGAGACGAUCCCCAACUACACGCUGAUUGUCCAGGCUGCCGACUUACAAGGCGAUGGUUUUACUACCUCAGCCACAGCAAUGAUUGAAGUCACCGACACCAACGAUAACGCUCCAGUGUUCGACCCACUCACGUACCAAGCCACGGUGCGCGAGAACGAAGCGGGGGUGCUGGUUGACAGGCUGCAUGUGACGGACAAGGACAAGCAGGGUUCUCCGGCCUGGCGGGUGAAGUACGAGAUCGUAAGAGGGAACGAAGGGGGCUUUUUCACCAUAACCACAGACCCCAACAACAACGACGGGCUCCUGAAAACUGCCCAGGGCCUGGAUUUUGAGGUGCAAAGGCAGUUCAUCCUCCACGUUGCUGCAACGAACGACAUUCCCUUCUCCGUGCCUCUCCCGACUUCCACAGCCACCGUCACUGUGAACGUUGAGGAUGUGAACGAAGCCCCAGUCUUUGAUCCGCCUAUCAAAAGAGCAGUGGUCUCAGAGGACUUGCCUGUGGGACAGCAAGUCACCUCCUACACGGCCCGGGACCCAGAUAAGAGCCAGACGCAGACAAUCAAGUACCGCAUGGGGAACGACCCUGCCGGGUGGCUGGCUAUUGACCCCGAAAAUGGCAUCAUCACGGCAAAACUCCCUCUGGACAGGGAGUCGAGCUUCGUAGUCAACAGCACCUACAAGGCCAUAGUCCUGGCUGUCGACUCAGGGCAGCCGUCGGCCACGGGCACGGGGACCUUGGUGCUGACCCUCGAGGAUGUGAAUGACAACGGGCCAGUGCCAGAUCCACGGGAAUUUCUCAUCUGCAAUCAGAACCCAGUGGUCCAGUUGUUAAAUAUUGUGGACCCGGACCUUCCCCCGAACACCGGCCCCUUCAAGGUGGACCUGCUGCACGGCUCCGGCUCCAACUGGACAGCAACUGUGAACGCCCAGGGAGUCAGCCUGGACUUAAAGCUUACCAAAUACCUGGAGCCAGGAGAAUACAGCAUCAUCCUGCAGCUCGUGGACAACCAGGGUAAAUCCCAGGUGACGACUGUCAAAGCCAUUGUGUGCAACUGUGACGGGGAAGCCAGGAACUGCGAGAAGAGAGCAGCCAUCGCGGGUGGCGUGGGGAUCCCGGUCAUCCUGGGGAUUCUCGGGGGAAUCCUUGCCUUGCUGAUCCUGCUGCUGCUGUUGCUGCUCUUCGUGAGGAAGAGGAAGGUGGUGAAGGAGCCCUUGCUUCUCCCCGAGGACGACACUCGAGACAACGUCUAUCACUACGACGAGGAGGGCGGUGGGGAGGAAGACAAGGACUACGACCUGAGCCAGCUGCACCGCGGCCUGGAUGCCCGGCCUGAGGUCACCCGCAACGAUGUCGUCCCGACUCUCAUGCCAGCCCCGCAGUACCGGCCACGCCCCACCAACCCCGACGAGAUCGGCAACUUCAUCGAUGAGAACCUGAAGGCGGCCGACACUGACCCCACCGCCCCGCCGUACGACUCCCUGCUGGUGUUUGACUACGAGGGCAGCGGCUCCGAGGCGGCCUCGCUCAGCUCCCUCAACUCCUCCUCCGACCGGGACCAGGACUAUGACUACCUGAACGACUGGGGCGGCCGCUUCAAGAAGCUGGCCGACAUGUACGGUGGGGGCGAGGACGAGGAGUAGGCGCCGCCUGUGUGUUCGGGCUGCAGCUGGGCGACACCUGUGAGAAAUGUCGCUGCGGCCCGUUCGACACAGACCAGCAAAGUCGCUGCUCUUCCCGAGUGGGCUGGAUGGCUGAAAUUCCCUUUCCUUAGCAGACAGUCGCACUACAUGAAUCUGUCGUCCUGGCUCAGUUUCUUCAGCCCCCGUCGUUCAGCCGUGGAUAGCCAGUGCUUUCCAGGUUAAUGGGGGCGGGGGGAAUUCUGUUUCGGGGGCAUCCAGAUUUCGGUCAACCAAGGGCCUUGGUGGCAGCCUGCCCAGAACACCCUGCACUUUGACGACUUCACUGUAGGGGCUGCAGGUCCCAUCGUGCUCAAGGCAGAGCAAGGCACGCUGGGAUCGACAGUCUCCACAGACUGACUGUUUCUAGGAGAGGGCAGACCUGGGCUGCUCUCUAGAAGCACAGGCCACAGUCCAGUUCGGUUUCCUCUCGUGCGGCUGGGGAGCUCCUGGCUGCUGUUACUUCCCCCAGACGGCCAGGCGCUUCCACUUCCCUGUGCCCACGUGGGUGAGCACUCACACGCACCUGCUAAAUGGCCUAGUCUUGCUGCUUUGCAGCACACUGGGCAAGGGGUGCCCGGAGAACGCACUCGCAGUAUCUUCACCUGCCCUGCAUCUCUUGCUGCAGGCCUCCCAGGACAGGGGCCUGCUAACUUCUGGGGGCUCCUCUCUUCCAGCGGUGUCAUUAACAGGUAACCGUUUCCCCGGUGCUCUCAGAAUACCUCAUUCCGAAUGCAGGAAGCCGAGGGGGAAACUCCCCUCCACCAGCGUAUGGGAUUUGUUCACUUUUUAACACCACCAUUGUGUGGUUCGGUGCUGCGUGUGCCCACGGAGUAGAUUCAGAAGAGCAAGCGUGAAGUAGCCUUUCUCAGUAACCAUGGCGAUCAGCUACCGCUGGGCCAGUCUGGAACACAGCUAAAUGGCAGGGGACUUUGCCAGAGAUAUUUUUUAUUGAAUUUUCAGAUGUCACUUAUUUUUUAACAUUAUCGUUACCCUUAAACAAGAGUUGCACUUUGAUACGUUUAGCACUGUGCCAACCCAAAGACCAAAGACGAGGGUAGCCCUCUUACUAAGCAAUCACAGUCACGGGAGAUAUGGGGGAGAGCCCCCAGGAAAUCCUCAGGGAACGGACAGUACAUUCACACCCUUUCCUGGACAGGAACUCCAGGACUCACUUCGGGCGCUGUGCUGGCAACUGCCCAAAUACCUUUGUAUGCUGGUUUUAAUGAAUCCAGCUCGUCCCUGUCCGUGCUCGGAAAGUGAUGGUAGUUUGUCUCUGUGCGUGCAGUAGUGACUUUCCAUUUCUCUAAAUAGAGUUCAGUGUUCUUCCCCACCCCCUACACUUUGCCAUGCACUCCUUCCCCCUCCAAAAAAACCGGAUUAUAGACCAACUCUGAAGUAAAGCGCUGCAGAGGUGUGUCGUCUGUCCUCUGCCGCCUGGAGGUGUGACUCUGAAGAAGUGUCACAGGACGUUAGUGCCUAGUACACUUGGGGCUCUGCAUAAAUAAAUGCAAUGUCUAAAACCUGACUGUCAGCCAGUUUGAUGCUAUAUUUUUGUAUAAAGUUGUUCAUUCAUAUUUCUGAAUAGGGGAAAGAGGAUCUAUGAAAUUACCAGCCAAUACCAUGCCAUGUUCUUUUCACAUAGUAUUUAGCAGGAUGUCUUAUUUGAUUUAAUAGCUAUAGGCUGAUUUGUAUUUUUCCAUUGUGGCUACUUCCUUCAGUGUGGUGUCUAAUCUCGAACGUGUGCAGUGUAAGUACUGUGCAAUGGAGCUUUUAAAACAAAUGAAAUGGCUUUAGUUGGUUUCUAAACUGUUUAUUUGGCUGCCUUAAUACUUUGUACCUUUCUGUGACGGGGAAUGGUGGGACCCGAAGGAAGCUCAGACAACAGCAAUAGCUUUGUGUUAAUCUGACAUUUUUAUAACAUUUUAAUACAUUUGUUUAAAAAAAAAAAACCUUUUCUCUUUUAACGUUAAGGCUAAAAGUCUCUGCACAGGUUUUGCUGCCCUUAGCGCAUUGGGCAUAUCCUCUAGAACAGUGGUUCUCAAACUUUUUUUUUUUCACAGACAACUUGAAAAUUGCUGAGGGUCUCGGCGGACGACUUAAUGAUCUUUCCAAAUGUUGUUUGUACUGUUAGCUAACUAUUGUAAAACAUUAAAAAAAAAAACAUAAUUCAAUUUUGUUGGUUCUACAAAUAAAAGCACACAACUCAUA